GUCUCUGUCUCUCCCCCCACCUUCUCUGUCCUCUGUCUCUCCAUCUCCCUGUGUCCGUCUCAAUGUGAGCAUGUGCGUCCGGCGCUGACCAUAAGGAAAGGGAUCCGAGCUGACCGGAGGCUGGACAGGAUCCCAGACUGAGGUCUGGAUGCGGCAUCGCCCCUGGACCCUCUCCCCCCCAGACCUGUCCCCACCGGCGGCGUCCGCCUCUGUGACCUUGGGGGCCGCCGCCACGGAGCCCUCCAAGGAAGCCCGCGGGCCCGGCUUGGGCACCUGCCCCCUGGAUGGGGCCUUCUGGAUCGCUCGCCCACCGGGUGCCCCCCAACCCGGCUGCUUCACCUGCGUGUCCAAGCCCCCGGCCCCGACUCCCACCCAGGCCCCGGCCCUCUGCUCCAUGGAGGCCAAGGGCUGCAAGGGCGAGCCACCAAUGCGCCCUUCGGCUGGGCAGCCCCCCUGCAAGCACCCCCCCGGGGAGGGCAAGGCGGCCGCCGUGGUGGAGAUUUACCCGGACUCCACCGCCGUCAACGAUUACUACCUGUGGUCCAUCUUCAACUUCGUCUACCUCAACUUCUGCUGCCUCGGGUUCAUCGCUUUGGCCUACUCCCUCAAAGUCCGCGACAAGAAGCUCCUCAAUGAUUUGAACGGAGCUGUGGAGGACGCCAAGACGGCCCGGCUCUUCAACAUCACCAGCUCGGCCCUGGCCGCCUUCUGCAUCAUCCUCAUCUUCAUCUUCCUCCGGUACCCGCUCACCGACUACUGAGACCCCCCUCCCCACCUCCACCCUCCUCCCUG